AUGGCGGCUCUGUUCAGAUAUUUCUUCGUGGCUAUGGAAGCUGAGGAAGACCCAAAAACAGCAUCUACCUUUGUGUUUCUCCGAGGAGGUUUGGGUUUCAGCAGCAUCGGAGGGGCAAUGGCGCAGGGACCAUGCUUCAUUUCAACGACUACGGACAAGCCUGAGUUGAACCCAUAUUCAUGGACGCAGAAGGCCAACAGCAUUUGGGUGGACGCCCCGGGACCUACUGGCUUCAGCGAAGGACCAAUUGAGCCAGACCUGAACGCGGUGGUGAAUAAUUUGAUCGAAUUCGUGACGCAGUUCUUCAAGGACCAUCCAAACUUCAACACGAAGGUGUACAUAGUCGGUCUCUCUGCUGCUGGUUCUAUCGCUGCCAUGCUGGGUACUGCCAUCAUUCGUCAAGAUCUCGGGAUUCACCUUGAAGGCGUCAUGCUGGGCUCUUCUGUCAUAGAUCCAGGGGCUACAAUCCAUGAUAUGAGAGAAGAUUUGGUGCAGUGUGAAGAGCUGAUUUCUAAAUGCAAUAACGGAGUUGUUUCUCCUGUUGACCCCUGCGAGAAAGCCGUGAAGGAAUGCAACACAAACCUCAUUACUCCCGUUUCAGCGUUUGGGAAAAGCACAUACGAUCUGCGGGUAUCCCCAGGAGACGAAGACGAAUAUUUCGAACUACUUAUUGGCGAUGUCGCUAAAUUCCUCAACAAGCCAGAAGUUAAGGCGAAGUUAGGUGUCACGAAAAAAUAUGAAGACUUGAAUAUUAAAGUUAUGAGGGCCUUCUCGAAGUACGGCGCUUAUGAUAGAACUGAGUUCAUCAAUCCUCUCCUCGAUGAUGGUCUGAAAGUGCUGGUUGUAAAUGGCGAUCAAGACUACGUCACUAAUGCCAUCGGAGCAUUAAAUUGGAUGGUCACCUUGAAAGGAAUGUUCAACUACGGAGAUAUUCUGCAGCAAACUCCGUUCAAACCCCUCGAGUACGAGUCUGGCGUAUUGGGAAAGAUCAAAUCUUCACAAUAUCCAAAUGGGGCGAAGCUGGCAUUCAUUGAGGUCAACGAGGCGGGGCAUUUCUUCCAACUCAACCAGCCAAAGGGGAUACAGGCAGCAUUUGAGGCCUUCUUGUCUGGAGAAAUCUAA